AUGCGAGUAGUUUUACCCAUAUCGAAGUGGUCUCUCCUGAAUCUUGAGAAGGGCAAUAAUAUCUCAUUGGUACGAAGCAAUAUCUUAGCAGACUACGAUGGCAAGGAGCCACAACGCACGCGCGCGGCUUAUUCUCCAGUCUCGAAACCCCUAGGUCUUGCUAUCGAUCUGCUUGACAAGCAGCAAAGUCAGGAGACUGCGUCUAUUCAAGGCGUCGAGUAUCAGAACUUGUCUGACAUUUACUCCACUUCCCAAUUCCAAAAAUUUACUCUCGUUGGACAAGCCAGCAGCUACGCCGUAGUCGAAAAAAAAAAAACGACUUCAACGACAAUAGAUCUGCGGCAGCCCAAAAGCAAUGAAACUUGGGGACAACGCGCGCGCUUCUUAGUAGAACAAGGUGCCGCAAGUUUAGAAAACGACUGGGGUACAGCUUGCUUCUCUGAGCUUGAGGCGGUAAAUGUGGCGUUGAUCUUGGUCGCGCGAAGAUGUAGAGUUAGCUUCGAUGCUAAGUGUCGCACGUGUCUCACGCGAUAUCAUACCCAUGCACUGCACUAUUCACUCAUUAGGCAUAGCUCCUAUCUCCUCCUUAGACCAUACAAUACACUCAUUCCACUUUGUUUAGAUCUCGCUCCCUUGUCGAGUUGUUUGCCAUAUGCCCCCUCCUGA